AUGUUGACUCUCCUAACCUCAAUUCCCGCAAGCGAUUGGGGGGGCCCAUUAUUCCCAUCUGUGCUCCCUCCGACCAAGGCGCAGGAUCCUCGGCUAGCCGGUACCGCUAGGCCACCAGUUGGUCCUCAAUCAUCGAACACCCAACAGGCACACCAAAACCUCUUGAUCCAGAGACCUCCUCCAGACCCAGCCCCACAGGUGCCUCCACUCUUGACCCCUGAUAGCGCCCUGGGCCCUACGUCCACAGACAACCAAAAUGCACCUAGUCGCCAAGGUGCAUUGUCCAUCUCAGACUUGGUCAACUCAUUGGUCAAAUUGAACAAGUGCGAGGAAGAGAAAGAGAGACUCCAAAAGGAAAUAGGUUCUAUCACCAAAAACCUACAGAGGGCGAAGCAAAAUCAACAAUUCCCGAGCGUCAUCGCUCUCUUUCAGCAACAGCUGGACGCGGCCAAAGAUGAAUUAGCCAACCAUGUCAAAUCGAUUGCCCAGUAUCGAUCACUCUCCAAUAAGGCGCAGGAUAGCUUUAAUUCGACAUUGUCGCAGUUCAAGCCUCAACCCCAACUCGAAAAGAUACCUGAGAGGGUCGAUAAUCUGGAGUCCACGAUCAAGGGAAUGGGACAAGGCCCUGGCCCGACAGGCAGCGGUGACAAUCCAAUGAAAGGGAAUACCGAAGUUGGAGGAGUCCAAACGGACAUGCGGAGCCGGGACAAAGAUAUCACUGAACUCAGGGGAAAGCUGGACAAAGUGGAACAUGCCCUCGAGCAUCCUAAUGGCUUGAAGGAGGCACUGGAAUACGUGGGAAGGAUCGCGAACUCCGUCAAUGUUCAAUCUAAACGGAGUGGUCGAUUUAUGGACCAGAUUUCAAGCCUCGAGGAUGAAGUAAAGGCUGCCGACAAGAACCUUGAAGGUAAGAUUGCUGCCAUUAAGAAGAUAGUCGACACCGUCCAGGAAGAGCUCGAAAAUUCCAACCAGCGGCUAGAUACCAACAUUUCGGAUCUUGGUUCCAAAUUGAAAAGUACGAAUGAGCUGGUUGAGAGCAAGCUUUCUUCCAUUGAAAGUGAUAUCAGGACUCUCGAUACUCAGCGACAUAAUCUGAGCAAUAGCACGUCAACUCAGAUCUCACAGAUUGAAACCGACUUUGAAGCCCAAAGGAGGCAGGCCACGGAGAAGAUUACCGCCCAAGAAGAUCUCCUGGCCUCACUCAAAACCCAGCGACAAAGCCUUGACAACGGCGGCCGGCUUUCAUCCGAAGCAACCCCAACUCCCCACAGCGGGAUGUUUACAAGAGUGGUGUCUCUGGAAAAAAGAGUUCAGAAACACGCAGACCUCCUGAACAAUAUUACGAACCUCCACAAGGAGGUGGAUGUCAUGCGUGUAGGUGAAUUGGCUGCUUUAAAGCAGAAUCAAGAGUUGAGCCAAAAGUCAUUGCAAACCAGACAGGAUGACACUUUAAGAAAGGUGGAGGACCUGACGAAGAAAUCCGAGGAAAUGACCAACAGUCAGACGACACUCAGCGCGGACUUUAACCAACUUAGAGCAUCCUUGCCUGAAAGCUUGGAGCGCCUCCGAAACAACCUCCAAAGUGAACUAGAUGCAUUCAAAACCAGCCUUACUCCAGUCUCCGACCUUGCUCAGGCUGUAACUAAGUGCGAGAGUAAAAUCGAGUCUAUCUCCAGGGGCAUUCGGUCGCUAGAAAAUCGAUGGAACAACAUCACUACAGGCGAUUUAGUCAAUUCCAUGGCACGUGCCAUGCAGGAAAUGUACCCCUCUGUUGAUCAACUGAGUCAACAAUUGACCGCCUACCGAAGUGAAAUUGAAGCCAGAAUUUCUACACUCAAGUCAGAUGCAGACGCGUUCAAGGCGGACGCGGAGAUGCUUAAGACAGAUACGAGCCAAUUGAAGGCAGAUACGCAAAAGGCCCAGGCAGAUGCACAAAAGGCACAGGCCAGCGCAGAGAUGUCUCGAGCACCACAGGUGUCACCCGAGCAACUCCAGACUUUGACUCAGUUGCCGACUUUGCUCCAACAGGUCAAAGACCUUUCUGACAAGCUUGUUCCAAUCGAACGAGCCAUCCAAGAGCAUAGUGAUGAGCUGCAGAGAAAUCUUGUACUGCGGAGUGAAUUGCACAACAAGGUCGAGGCUCAAGACGAUACGAUCGGAGGCAUUUCUGUAAGGGCCGAGGAUCAGGUUGGUGUACUUGAAAGUAUCACGGAGUCCACAGACCAGAUUGGACCAUUGAUCAAUAAGGUCGAUGCUCACAUCUCGAAACUCGAGGCCGUUCAACGAACGAUCGACGAGUUAACUGGGACUGCGGCGGAGGGAAACCCUACAGCAUCCGGUACUCUUGACGCGAUCCGGAUACGACUGAAAACCCUGGAAGAUUGGAGCAAAACCGAAGGCAAAGAUCGCGCCAAUCUCCGUACACAACUGAAAAGCUUGAAGGAAGAUGCAGAUCUUGACGCUCUCAGGGCAAAGCUCAAAGAUUUGAAAGAUCGGAAGGAAGCCGAAGAUAACAAUUUUACCGGACUCCAGGAACAGGUGGAAGCCCUUGGAAAGCGGGAACCACCGGUAUCAUUGGAGCAAUUCACUGCGCAGGGGGAUGAGGUGAAGAUGUACAUCAAACGCCUGAGGAAAGCUGAAGACACUUUCAAGGUGCUUGGAAAAGGGCUUGGAAAAGGAGAAAGCAUUGUCGAGAUUCUCGCUCAGUGGGCCAAGGAGGAGCAGGAGGAGGAGAAGGAGGAGGGCAUCGAUGGGCCGGAAACUCCUCAACCCCAAUCAAACGGCCGUGCUGCUUUUACUCCCAGGCCUACCGCAACACCCAAGACAGUCCCCACGGGCCCUACUCUAGGUGCAUACCAACCAGUCGAGCUCAACGUGAAGGGACAUGCCGGAAAUCCCACACCCAGCGUUUCGAAGUCAAACCACACUGCGGUGCAAGUUCGACAGCCAUCACAAACGCCUAGUGGGCCCAGUUCCAGUCAUCCAUCGCCGUAUGGCGGCAAAUCUGCCGAACCCCGUCAGGUUCAACAUCUGAAAGGAAAGCGACGGGUGUCCUCUGUAACAGACUCUGAGGACGAAAGAAGCACAGCCGAAUCCUCUUCGGUGGUUGAGUCUUCGCCGGCUCCUAGCUCGGGACCGUCAUCUUUUACUCCGGGCUCCAGCAGAAAGGACAAGAAGAAGGCAAAGAAGAGAGCAGAUUGGGAAGAGAACUCCCAUUCUUCAAACAGACCAGGCAAAAAGCGGAAGCGGAGCAAACUGGAGAAUGAGUAG